CGUUUUGGUUCGAAUCUUUCUACUACUAUAGAACAGGACCUUGAUAGGGCUUGCACCAUUUGUGUCUUGCAUACUGUGUGCCCUUUGCGAGGGUGCAUGGCUGUCUUCUGAGGCGUUCAUGCAUGCUCUUUACUUUUUCUUUUGCCUCUUAUUUUUCAUUCUGUACUUUUAUACGCCCUUACAUACCAUGAGCGGUGCUUUUAUUUCCCCUUUUCAUUUUCAACUUCAUCCUCCCCCACCAUUCAUGUGCUUCCCUCAGUGCGAUUAUGAUCCCCUGUUCUUGUUUCAAAUUUCGAAAUGAUCGACUAUUUUGGUCUGAUGAUUGUUCUGUUUUGGCUUUUGUUUGGCUUCGAGCAUGA